CCGCUCUAUGGUGUGGGUGGCCGCCGCGAGGAUGACGCAGGCGGCGGGCGGGCGGGCAGGCGGGCGCGAGGGAGGGAGGAGCGCGUGAUGGCCGGUGCCGCCGCUGUCGCGCUGUCCCUCGCUGCGCUGCCGGCCGCCGCCGCCUCUCCUCCGCUGCCAGCUCCCGGCCACCGCGCCGCCGCCAUGGCCGAGGAGGAGACCUCCAGCGAAGGGUUAGGAUGGUUAUUCAGCUGGCUUCCUGCCUGGUGUCCCACUUCACUGCUACACCUUAAAGAGGCUGAGGACAAAAUGCUAAAAUGUAUUGCAAGCACAUACAAUAAACAAUAUGUGUAUAUAUCUAAUGGAAAUAAAAUAUGGACGCUGACAUUCUCUCCAGACCUUUCACAUAAAACUCCGCUUGUUCUCCUGCAUGGGUUUGGAGGAGGUGUUGGACUGUGGGCUCUCAAUUUUGAAGAUCUCUGUGAGAACAGGACCGUUCAUGCUUUUGACCUCUUGGGAUUUGGACGUAGCAGUAGACCGCACUUUGACACUGAUGCUCAGGAAGCAGAAAAUCAGUUUGUGGAAUCCAUAGAAGAAUGGAGAAAGGAGGUGGGGUUAGAAAAAAUGAUUUUACUUGGACACAACCUAGGUGGAUUCCUGGCUGCUGCUUACUCAUUAAAAUACCCAUCAAGGGUCAAACAUCUUAUCUUAGUGGAGCCAUGGGGUUUUCCGGAGAGGCCUGACAAUGCUGACCAUGAAAGACCAAUUCCAAUUUGGAUCAAAGCACUAGGAGCUAUAUUGAGUCCCUUUAAUCCGUUAGCUGGGCUGAGGAUAGCAGGACCCUUUGGAUUGAGCCUUGUUCAGCGUUUAAGACCAGAUUUCAAGCGAAAAUACUCAUCAAUGUUUGAUGAUAACACUGUGGCUGAAUAUAUCUAUCACUGCAAUGUGCAGUCACCCAGUGGUGAAACAGCUUUCAAGAACAUGACAAUCCCUUACGGGUGGGCAAAAAGGCCGAUGCUGCAACGGAUUCCACAAAUGGAUCAAAACAUUCCUAUCACUGUGGUCUAUGGAGCACGUUCAUGUAUAGAUGGCAAUUCUGGCAGCACUAUCCAGUCCCUGAGACCAAAUUCGUAUGUGAAGACACUAGCUAUCCUUGGUGCAGGUCAUUAUGUGUAUGCUGAUCAACCUGAAGACUUCAAUCAGAAAGUGAAAGAUAUCUGUGAUUCUGUGGACUGACUGUCUUCUGUUCUUCAGAAAGUCAUACCGUAGAUAGCAUUCAAUAGCAAUACUCUCUAGGAAAUCACUAAGGAACUCGGAGCUAAUGGAACAGGCUCUGUUUGCACACUGUUUCUUCUAAGAAGCCAUUUGCACACUUAAACCACUGAGUGCCUUUUGAGGGGCGGGGGGGUUAGGGAGAUUUGAAGCAAACUUUGCUUUAGAUUAUUGGCCUCUCAUAUAUGAAAUUACAUGUAACUUUUUAAACUGGAAUUUUCUUCAAAAUUUAGUUGAAUUUUGCACAUGUUGGUCUCUAGAAAUGUUGAAUUCUCCACUAGCACAGGGAACUGUAUUGAUACAGAGACAAUGUAUAAAAUGCAAUUUGGUUUCUUUACAAACAUCCGUAUUUUUUAGUUGAUGUUUCAUAGCAAGAAUAUGAAAUCACUCAUGUAUUUUCUUUUUGAAAUCCAGAGCUCCAUACACAAUACUUUAAGAGGGUGUUGGUUUCUUUUAUUGGAGUGAUAACAGCUUAUGAAGCUGAUUUUGGGAGAAGGGCAAGGCCAAAAUAAUGAGCAGUGUCUGCCACUGAAAUACAUGUGUUACUUUGUAAGGAAUUGGGGCUUCAUACUAGGAACUCUUUCUUCUGUUGGAUUUUAUUUCCAUUUAUCUCAAGGAGUCUUUUUUUCCAUCUGUGCAGCUUUUAUGGAAGGCUCACUUUAUUAAGAGUUGAUGAUGUCCCCAGCACUCAUGCUUACAUAUCAAAAAUAUUUUGAUAUGUAGAUUUCAGUGACUUAAAAUGCAGAAGAUGGCUUGCUAGUUAGUCCAUCUAUUUUUAACAUUUUUCUGCAAGAUUUGUUACUAGCCUAAAUCUAACAAUUGUAAGUUGACGAGAUUUUGCUAACGGGUAGGUAAUUCCUUUUCUCUUCAGACAGAAAACCUAGUCCGCUUUUUAGUAAUUUCAGGGUGGAGGAGAGGCAGAGGGAAAAUACCGAUGUUCUCUAAUCGGGAACUACAACAGCAUAGUGUAUUUCAGUUAACGUGCAGCCUCCUUAUAGGAAGGAUUAUUACUGGAAUGAACAAUACCACUGUAACAAAUUAUAAUUAUAUGUUUUGGUGAUUGUUUAUAUAAGUAUAAAUGUUAAUUGAGUAUUUCAUUACUGGAGAUAAUCCAGUCUCUGCAUCUUUUUGAAAUCGUAGGUUAGUUCUUCACAUGCUUAGUAAAUUAUAUUAAGCAAAAUACUUUGUCACUUUAAAGCCAAAUUAUGUGGUGGUUUGUUUUUUAACAAGUUUACAUGAAACUAUUGAUCUGCUUUUGAAUCUUAAAUUGACUACUGAAGAGUUCUUGAUACUUUUAUACAUAGAGAAUUUGAAUUAACGAUAGCACCAUUUUAAAGCUUGAGUGGAAUUCAGUGCAUUUUUUUCUCAAAUUAAGGAAUUGUUGCACAUAUUUAUGAUGUGGAAGGCAAAGAUACCUAAAAUAUUCAGGAAGUACUCUGAUUAUGUUACCAGCUGAACAUAAUCUCCCUCUUUUUGAAGGAGAUAUUUAUCUAUAUGGUGCUAUGUAAACAUCAAACAGUCUUUGUUGACUGCCUUGACUGGUAGCACUUAAUAUCUAACAAGCUAAAGUUUUUAAUUAACAUUUACUAUUGAAUUACUUUUUCAAUUAGCAGAUGCCAGAUUUUUUUAAACAAAGUUUUCGGUUAUUUGCUAAAAUCUUGAAUUCAAAAUGGAAAAUCAGAAUAUCAAUUGUAUUUUUUAAUAUAAGCUAUAAAUUAUCAGUCAUGCCACCGUUUAGGUGGAUGCCUUCAGUAUGUAUUUUCUCACCCUUUUCAGUGUCUUAAUUUGUAUUUUUCAACUUAAACAGCUGUUCUGUUUGUAAAAAUGUAGUGCAAAAAUAUACUGAGUCUCCUCCAAAUAACAAAUGUGAAACAAACUUGGUAUUUGCAAAUAGCACUUACUGAAUGGAAUUCUAGAUUCCACAUCAAAAGAUGGAAGUAGGGAUAAAAAUUGCACACUGAAUAUGAAUAUUGUUUUAAAUAUCCCUUGCUUUUUCAGCUUAUUGUACUAAUAAGACUUACUGCUUAAGUUUUGCACGAUAAAAAAAAAAAAUCUUAAAUGUUAUGUUUGAUUAAUAUUAAGACAUGGUGUUGCUUUUGUAAAAAUUAUGUAAUGAAGCCCUAGAAAUCAAGCGUAAUUAACAAGCUGAGCUAAACCAUCCCCAAAACCAUGGUAAUGCUUACUUUCAAAUGUCUCAAUGUUCUUAGGUUUUCUUGUUUGUAACUGAAACUGGUAACCAUUUUUCAACAAGUAGCUGCAAGUUCAGAAUGCUGGUUGUAUAUACAAAGAAAAUGUUUGUUGGUUGUCUUCCAAGCAGUAUUAGAUACUGUUGUGAAGGUCAAGGUGGAGUAUUGAAUAUCCUAUUGUGUGCAACAUAACCCAAUAAAGUUACUCUACUAAACAUCCGAAGAGGUGCUGAACAGAAAAUGAAUGGCACAUACUAAAAAGACAUGGGAGCUAGACCUUUUGUGAGCAAUUACUGUCUAGGAGCAAGCUCGGUUUUUCCAAUAGUUCUGUAUCAGUGCGAUGACCAGUUGCUUAAAUGUACUGCAGUGAGCACUGAAUACUGAAUGCUGUUUUUAUUACAGUGCUAUAAAAUAAGACGAGAAUCACAGGCAUGAAGAUACCCAAAGAUCUAUCCUGUUCUAGCAACAAAAUGAAGACAGCUGUGUACCAGAGGCUAGGGCAUAACAAAAAGAAUCCAAAAUAUUAAUAAAAAUCAAAGAUUAACUGUCUAAGUCUCCAGGACACGCUCUUCUUCCUGGGGUUGUUGUGAUAAAAUUUUAUUAAAGUAACUUAGUAAUAUUUUGUUUGCAUGGCUGAGUUCAUCUUGUUACUUAUUGAACCCUGCCAGAUUAGAUUUUAGUUCUGAAAAACUGAUUUUCAGAGAAGUAAUUUAUUGAUAAGAUUCUAUAAUAAAACAUUUGCAACAAUCACAA